CCAACACAGAGCGGAAGACAGACAACGCUGCUGAAAACAAUGUAAACCAAGUAUAUUCUUGUAGCUACCUCAAACACCUUUGAUUAAAUUAAACUAUAAUUUAUGAUAAGAACAUGCGAUAGAGUCAAUUGUUAGUUCGAAGUGGGCGGUGAGCUACGUUAUCAGCCCACUGUAACAGCAACGAGACGAGGUGCACCGCCUCCGGCUGUCACUUCCAUUUCUCUGGUGUGUUGUGGUUCGGGAAAUUGGUAAACAGUUGACACUAAACAGACGGGUUGUGAUCGAUGGCGGACCCAGAACCAUCACGACAACAUGAGGAGACAGAGAAGAUUGACGAUGCAGAGUUGGCAUUUCAAGGAAUAAACAUGCUGCUUAACAACGGAUUCAAGGAGAGCGACGAACUUUUCAGAAAAUACAGGACCCACAGCCCACUGAUGAGUUUCGGAGCCAGUUUUGUCAGCUUCCUGAAUGCCAUGAUGACGUUUGAGGAGGAGAAGAUGCAGACAGCCUUUGAUGACCUCAGAGCCACUGAGAGACUUUGUGAGAGCGACAACGCCGGGGUCAUCGAGACAAUCAAAAACAAGAUCAGGAGGAGUUACCCCCAGAGGUCAGGGGUGGCAAUAGUAGACCACCUCCAGAGACAGAUCAUCGUGGCAGACUGCCAGGUGUACCUCGCUGUCCUCUCCUUCAUCAAACAGGAACUGUCAGCAUACAUCAGAGGAGGCUGGCUCCUCCGCAAAGCCUGGAAGAUGUACAACAAGUGUUACAGCGACAUCAACCAGCUGCAGGAGUGCAGCAAGAGGAGGUCCUCCGACCAGCUGGUGUCUCCCUCUCCAUCCACUGACCAGGCCAACCACGGCGCGGCCAUGCUCCCAACCCAGAGGACCAAUUGGGUGAGCCCGGAGGCCCUAGCCCGGCUUAAGGGCUCGGUCAGUUUUGGCUACGGCCUGUUCCACCUGUGCAUCUCCAUGAUACCGCCACACCAGCUGAAGAUUGUCAACCUCCUGGGUUUCCCCGGCGACCGUCACCAGGGGCUGUCUGCCCUCGCGUAUGCCAGUGAAAGUAAGGACAUGAAGGCCCCCCUAGCUACGUUGGCCCUCUUGUGGUACCAUACGGUAGUGCAACCCUUCUUUGCCCUGGACGGCUCUAACACACAGGCCGGUCUGAUGGAGGCGAAGGCUAUCCUGCAGAGAAAGGAGCCUGUAUACCCUAACUCCUCCCUCUUCAUAUUCUUCAAGGGCAGGGUGCAGCGCCUGGAGUGCCAGAUCAACAGUGCCUUGACAUCCUUCCAAAAUGCCUUAGAGCUGGCUACAGACCAGAGGGAGAUCCAGCAUGUUUGUUUGUAUGAAAUGGGGUGGUGCAGUAUGAUCGAGCUGAAGUACAGUGACGCCUACAAGGCCUUUCAGCGUCUGGCGACUGAGUCACGCUGGUCCCAGUGUUACUACACCUACCUAACUGGAGUGUCCCAGGGAGCAUCAGGAGAUCUGGAGGGAGCUGCCGCUGUCUUCAAGGACGUACACAAGCUUUUCAAACGGAAGAACAACCAGAUAGAACAGUUCUCUAUGAAGAGGGCGGAGAGGCUAAGGAAACACGCCCCAUCCAGAGAGCUGUGUAUCCUGGCUGUGAUCGAGGUGCUUUACCUGUGGAAGGCCCUGCCUAACUGCUCCACCUCCAAGCUGCAGACCAUGAGCCAAGUCCUGCAGGAGCUAGAUGACGUCUCAUGUGCCGGCCUGAAAAACCUGCUCCUUGGUGACAUACACAGAUGUCUCGGCAACAUGAACGACUCCAUUCAGUGCUUCCAUCUGGCUGCCAGAGAUGAGAUGGAUCGUCAGAACAACUCCUAUGUGCAGCCCUACUCCUUCUACGAGUUAGGCUGUGUCUUACUGGACAGCCCUGAGUCUGAAGCGAAGGGCAGAGCUCUGAUGCUCCAGGCCAAGGAGGACUAUGCUGGCUAUGACUUUGAGAACAGGCUCCAUGUGCGCAUCCAUUCAGCUCUGGCUUCCAUGAGGGAGGAGGUGACCCACCCUGACCGCCCCCUUUCUCCACCAUACAUCCACCCUAGCGCUGUGUUGGGGGUAGAAGGAGCUGGAAAUGACUCCCUUUAGAGAAGCCAUCUUGAUCUCUACAGCACUGUGAUGGUUCACUGCAAUGUGUUUUUCAGUUGACUUGUGUUUUUUAAAAUAAUGAAUGUGCCAUCAAGUUUGCAAUGCAUAGUUUACAGUAAGAGUUUCCUGGAGCGAUAGAGCAGGAAUAGUUAAGACUACUGGAGCGUAUUAGUGUGUUUUCAACCAGAUCAAAUAUGUACAGGAGUUGUGGCUGGGAGGCAAAUGUAACUUUUUACCAGGAAAAAGUAUCAAUGUCAGUGCUAUCUAAAUAGUACAAUCAUAUCUUUAUUCUUUCCCAUGUGAUGGGAAAGGGUUCAGAUGCAGAACUGGGUAUGCCAUUGUGUAAGCCACACUUCAUUAUAAAUUAAUCAGUGAACUGAUGCCACAAAAUGUGCCAUAGCAGCAACUACUGUCUAGGUUGCUGCCAGAAUAUGACCUGAAUGUCCAAUGGCCCAUUGCUGUUACAGUAGUAGACAAUCUGAAUGCACAAUUCCUAUGCUACUACUCAUCACCUGGCCUUGUGUCACCGUAAAUUGGAGAUAAUUUUUUUUUGUUUUAAAGUUCAUUUCCUGCAAUUCAACACAUUUUGCCAUGGGGUGUAGAGAAAAUGUUGCAGU